AUGGGCGAUGAUACGAUAUGUCCGUCGGAUGAACGUUCAAUUGAGCUUAUAGAAACCAUGGUUAAUCAGGUUCGUGCGCUCCACCCAAAGUCGAAACGUAUACAUAUUGGUGCUGAUGAGGCAUUCCAUAUCGCUGAGGAUGAUCGAUGCCGUGCUCGUAUCUCUCAAAUGGGAUUAUCCGACCAGCGAAGAGCAACUGAAAAGCUUAAACUUGCUCACAUAGCCAAGGUGGCGCGAAUUGCAAAAGGCGCCGGAUUCAAGGAGGUUUUCGCUUGGAAUGAUAUGUUCGAUAAGUCGCUGGUAGAAGAUAUUCGUGCAGCUGGACUGGGAGAUUUGAUUAUCCCAGUUGUUUGGGGCUACAAAAUUGAUGUCACAGAGGAAGGAUAUUUCCCACCGGGACUGUUCGAAAGGCUACCUCAG